CGCCGCCGCCGCCGGGCGCUGAGCACCGGACGGGGAGCAGGAGCCGGAGCCGGAGCCGGAGCCGCGGCCGCCAGGACUAGCUAUUCACAGUCAGACAGAACCACUUAGCACGCUUUGCCAGUGUCUCCUGAGGAAGUCAGAAUCUGAGCCAGCAUGAAGACUGAAUCUUGUCUUUGGUCUGAUUUAUAAAACCUUACUUUUAUUCUAACCAUGUGCAAGGUGGAGGUUAUAGCAUGGAAACUAAAACCUUACUCCCUGCCUGACAUAACUCACUUCAAGAAGAGCACAAUGUCAGAACGUGGAAUUAAGUGGGCUUGUGAAUAUUGUACGUAUGAAAACUGGCCAUCUGCGAUCAAGUGUACUAUGUGUCGUGCCCAAAGACCAAGUGGAACAAUUAUCACAGAAGAUCCAUUUAAAAGCGGUUCAAGUGAUGUUGGUAGAGAUUGGGAUCCUUCUAGCACCGAAGGAGGAAGUAGUCCUUUGAUAUGUCCAGACUCUAGUGCAAGACCCAGGGUUAAGUCUUCUUACAGCAUGGAAAAUGCAAAUAAAUGGUCAUGCCACAUGUGCACCUAUUUGAACUGGCCAAGAGCAAUCAGAUGUACCCAGUGCUUAUCCCAGCGUAGGACCAGGAGUCCCACAGAAUCUCCUCAAUCCUCAGGAUCUGGUUCCAGACCAGUUGCUUUUUCUGUUGAUCCUUGCGAGGAAUACAAUGAUAGAAAUAAACCGAACACAAGGACCCAGCAUUGGACUUGUUCUAUUUGCACGUAUGAAAACUGGGCCAAGGCUAAAAAAUGUGUUGUUUGUGAUCAUCCCAGACCUAAUAAUAUUGAAGCAAUAGAGUUGGCAGAGACUGAAGAGGCUUCUUCAAUAAUAAAUGAGCAAGACCGAGCUCGGUGGAGGGGAAGCUGCAGCAGUGGGAAUAGCCAAAGAAGAUCACCUCCUACUACGAAACGGGACUCUGAAAUGAAAAUGGAUUUUCAGAGGAUUGAAUUGGCUGGUGCUGUUGGCAGCAAGGAGGAACUUGAAGUGGACUUUAAAAAGCUAAAGCAAAUUAAAAACAGGAUGAAAAAGACUGAUUGGCUAUUCCUCAAUGCUUGUGUGGGGGUUGUAGAAGGUGAUUUAGCUGCUAUAGAAGCAUACAAGUCAUCAGGAGGGGACAUUGCACGUCAGCUCACUGCAGAUGAAGUGCGCUUGCUGAACCGUCCUUCUGCUUUUGAUGUUGGCUAUACUCUCGUACAUCUGGCUAUACGUUUUCAGAGGCAGGAUAUGCUAGCAAUACUGCUUACGGAAGUGUCUCAACAAGCAGCAAAGUGUAUUCCAGCAAUGGUGUGUCCUGAACUGACAGAGCAGAUCCGGCGAGAGAUAGCUGCCUCUCUUCAUCAGAGAAAGGGGGAUUUUGCUUGCUAUUUUCUAACUGACCUUGUAACAUUUACGUUGCCAGCAGAUAUUGAAGACUUGCCUCCAACAGUCCAAGAAAAACUAUUUGAUGAGGUGCUUGAUAGAGAUGUUCAGAAAGAGUUAGAAGAAGAAUCUCCAAUUAUAAACUGGUCUUUGGAAUUGGCUACGCGUUUGGACAGUCGACUGUAUGCACUUUGGAACCGAACUGCAGGAGACUGCUUACUUGAUUCAGUGCUACAAGCUACCUGGGGCAUUUAUGACAAGGACUCGGUGCUUCGGAAAGCCCUGCAUGACAGCCUGCAUGACUGUUCACAUUGGUUUUAUACACGUUGGAAAGAUUGGGAAUCAUGGUAUUCUCAGAGCUUUGGUUUACAUUUUUCCUUGAGAGAAGAACAGUGGCAAGAAGACUGGGCAUUUAUACUCUCUCUCGCUAGUCAGCCUGGAGCAAGUUUGGAACAGACACACAUUUUUGUACUUGCACAUAUUCUUAGACGACCAAUUAUAGUUUAUGGAGUAAAAUAUUAUAAAAGUUUCCGGGGAGAAACUUUAGGAUAUACUCGGUUUCAAGGUGUUUAUUUGCCUUUGUUGUGGGAACAGAGUUUUUGUUGGAAAAGUCCGAUUGCUCUGGGCUAUACAAGGGGCCACUUCUCUGCUUUGGUUGCCAUGGAGAACGACGGCUACGGCAACCGAGGUGCUGGUGCUAACCUGAACACAGAUGAUGACGUCACCAUCACGUUCCUGCCUCUGGUUGACAGCGAGAGGAAGUUACUUCACGUGCACUUUCUCUCCGCUCAGGAGCUAGGUAAUGAGGAACAGCAAGAGAAACUGCUCAGGGAGUGGCUGGACUGCUGUGUGACCGAAGGGGGGGUGCUGGUGGCCAUGCAGAAGAGUUCCCGGCGGCGGAACCACCCCCUGGUCACGCAGAUGGUAGAGAAGUGGCUUGACCGCUACCGACAGAUCCGGCCUUGUACAUCCCUGUCAGAUGGAGAGGAAGAUGAAGAUGAAGAAGAUGAAUGAAAAAAAAAUGAAAGAGCAGAAGACUAGGGUAUGGGCUCUGCGGUGACCCCAAAGCUAGUGUGCUGCAUGCUCCAAGCAGAGCGCAAGGCAUGGAAGGAACCAGAUCUGGCAGGAACUGCCCAGAAGGCUUUUCUCAUCCACACCCAAUGGAGAGGACGUAUCUGCUCUGUGAGGAGAUGGAGAACUUUGUUUGGACUACAGUUUGUAAAAAAAAACAAAAAGAAAAAGAAAAAAAAACUAAUUUUAUUAAGACAGAACUUUUUUCCUUUCAAAUUGUAAAUCUGUCUAUAAAUGUAACGCAUGUGGUUGUGUAAGAAGUUGUGUAAUAGGACAAGUUGUACCAGCAUCUUCAUAUUAUUGAGAAGUUUUUUCCAGCACGGGCACCUCCAAAAGCACAUGGCAGAUGACUCUUUGUUCCUUUGAGAUACUCUUUUAAAGUAGAACCUGGCAUUCUACUUUCCUUUUAAAAGAUCCACUUUACGUUGAGUCUCACUAGAGCUCAUUAGCUAUUUGGAAACUUUUUGUACAAAUUAUCCACAGCAAAACAUAAAAAUAAAAACAAGCUUUUAUUUUAUUUAGUCCCCGUCGUGCCCAAUAAAACGAAAUCAAAUCUUUAAGGAACAAACUGCAAGGAAGUAAGAAUUGUGUGAGCGAACUUCAUACAGACGUCAUUCCCUUGUUUUGGAAAGGGUUUUGGUUUCUAUUUCGUCUUUUUUAAGCUUCUGAUAUGCUCCCUUUCAGUAUUUAGGUAUUUAUUUGUUUGGAAGAGUGCCCUUAAAAUGAGGGUUCUUCUACCAGAGUCCGGGUGGGUGUCUCUUUGUGAGUCGUCAUUCCCUGGAUGGAAGUUAGGGAAGUGCCUGGAGAGCAGGCCCACUUGUAACUAAAUGAAUUGUGUGAAAUUUGCGCACUUGGUUCAAUUGACAAUAUCACACUCCCAAAUUGCCAUGCAGAGGGUCUUUGGAUUCUUCCUUCUAUCAUCAACUCUGCUUUAAGCAAAUCAUGUUAGAAAGGCAUGCCUUUGCUUGGGCUAAUUGGGAAUCAGUUGAGUAUAGAAUAAAGAUUUAAAAAUGCAGUAAGGUGGAAAUGCAUUGCAUAAUGAAUUUCUCAGAGUAGUCUGAGAAUUUUUGCAUGUUGGUUAAUUGUGGCCAUUCUUAUUUAAAAGUUAAAACUAUAAUCUUAGAUAGAAAUCUUUUUAUAAAAAGUAUUAUUUGACCACUUCAGGUAUAUGUUCAAUACUGGGUAAAAAUUUCAGACCUAUCUCAGGAACACGAAAAAGACUUAGUGUCCUGAUAAGCACUUUGUAGACUAUUAAUGUGGCAAGGAAUUUGGAAAGCAGCCCCAGAGACAUCGACAGGCACAUGCACGCACGCAGGCAUCCAUACACACACACACACAACACGCACACACACUUUUCUUUCCCUUUGAUGAAAAGGCUGUGAAAAAACCUUUAUAUAUUUGUUUUCUAAGUUCUGUUUAGAUGGUGUUUGAAAUGUAUACACAAGCUCUAAUUUGAUGCUGGAAUUACUAAAAAUAGAAAAACACCCAUGAGAUGUCAUGUCUCCCCUCUUGGAGCAGCACAUGGAGAUAUUCUCAGGAUGAGAGGGUCAGUUCUACUGUAUGCGAAAACUUGCAGGAAACUUGUUGCAAUUUCGACUCCAUAUAAACGAGUUUUGGUGUAACAAUGGUAAAUGUUACUGUUCUAUGUGGCUAGGUUUCCCUACAAAUUGACUCUCUGGUCGACUCUCAUUUUGGUCAGUAAUGAAGUUUUUAGAAGGCUGUUAUUCUGACUACUUAGCAUAGCAUCGCUAUAAACUUUUCUCCAUACAUAGGAAGAAUUCUUUAGUGGGCACAGAUCCUAUUCUAGUUGCUGUUAAGCAAAACUACCCUCCUGGUUGAAGAAGCCAAAGAGAAAUGUUUGAGAGAAGCAUCUAGUCAGUCACUCUGGUCUACACUGCAGUCGAUGCUGUCCAGGAAUCUCAUAGGCUCAGUAGUUAGCCUGGGUGUGGUGGUCUGCUGAGUGUUGUUUCCCCCAAGGUGCCUCUUUAUUUAUUUAUUUAUCAUCAGUGAUCCUGACCACACCUAGUUGAACAGGUACAGCAUUCUUCCCUGUGGGAAAGGUAGGACAUUGCAUUUCCUAGGCUCCAGACAGGGAUGGGGCUUUAAAUGGUUUUUAUAGCAGACUGGCUGGUAAGGCCAAAAUGUUGGUGAAUCAAUGCUAUGUUAAGCUCUUGAACUAUUAAACAGCCAUAAUUGUCCCGAGAUAGAGUACGCAGUCCUUUCUCAAAGAUGAGGUCUUGGUUGACUCUGGACAGUAAUACCUUAACUGUAUGGACUUUGAACCUUAUGGGUUUUUUUUUCCUUUUUUAGAGACAAUACAGUAUGGUGUUUUCUGUUCUAAUUAAACAAAACCUAGGUGCAGCACGGAUUUGAACUGGCCUUUUUGUUGUUUGACUCCUCAUGCCCCAGACUUCCAUCUGUGUUAAGGGGACACUGCUUUCUUUAGGCAGUUGGGGAUCUCCUUUAUGUGCAUGUGUCAUGCCCUCCUUGACAAUAUCCUGGCUCUGAAGAGGAUGUUAGGCUCCCAUUCCGUUUCCUGGAGUAACCAUGUGCUCCAAUCUCUAUCCAUAGGUGGUUGUAUUUAUGUAAUUUUUUUUCUGGGGGGUAAGGGGGGGUUGGGAUAGGACCAUCACCUUCAAAUGAGUGAGGAGGUUGAUGUUCAGAAACCCCAUCCUACCCCUCCCGCACCUUUUCUUCCUAGGAAGGGGAGGGGAAAGGAGUGACGGGGAGUUGGGUACCUGGAAUUGGACUUGACGGAUACUUGCGGAUACCACUAGUACAAAGGGGUUUAAUGCUAUUUAAGAAGGAAAAUCCUUUAAAUCAACAGAGUUCUUAACAUAUGGAAAUGGCUGAUGUUAAGUAUUUUGCAACAUUUCUUUGUAAAUAUCAUCUAAAAGAAUUUUGAGAUUCACUUCCCUUCCUGCAUUAAUGCUUGAGCCAGGUAAUUUUGCUUUUGGGUAAAUUAAAAUCAAAACUCUUAACUUGA